AUGGCCGCGACGGCAGUGAGAGUUGGCCUGCGCGUACGGCCUUUGACACAAAAGGAACAAUUGAGCAAUUGCACUGAAUGUCUUUCCUAUGUUCCUGACGAGCCACAAAUCCUUAUCGGCACCGACAAGUCUUUUACAUACGACUAUGUGUUUGACACUGCCACUGGACAACAAGAUGUAUAUAGAAAGGCGGCUUCUCCUCUCUUGGACAAGUUUAUGGAUGGAUUCAACGCGACCAUUCUAGCUUAUGGACAAACGGGAUCUGGCAAGACACAUAGUAUGGGUACAGGGCUUCACAACGGCACGAAUCCAGAAGAUCAAGGUAUCGUUCCCCGCUGCAUUGUGGAGCUCUUUUCAACCAUGGAACAACACGCCAAGGAGGAUCCUGAUUUCAAAUACGACAUUUACGUAUCAUUCUUGGAGCUAUACAAUGAAGAGCUUGUCGAUUUAUUGAAUCCUCAGACGAUCCAAAGGAGAAAGGGAGCAAGCACUAGCCCAGCAACCGAAGUUACCAUUCGUGAAGACGUGGCAGGCAAUAUUUAUUGGAGCGGUGUUCGUGAAGAACGAUGCAGCUGUCCAGACGAGUUGCUAGGAUUUCUUGCCAAAGGUUCAUUAUGUCGUACAACAGGCUCCACCGAUAUGAACACAGUGUCCUCUCGCUCGCACGCCAUCUUUUCGGUUAUUUUGAAGCAACAACGACGUGAUCCUGAAAGUGAUAAAGCUGAAUUGCAAAAUCUGACAAGCAAGUUCCAUUUUGUGGAUUUGGCUGGUUCUGAAAGACUCAAGAGAACCAAUGCACAAGGUGAUCGAGCUAGAGAGGGCAUUGCUAUCAAUUCCGGUUUAUUGGCACUUGGCAACGUAAUUUCGGCAUUGGGUGAUGAGCAAAGAAGAGCCACACAUAUUCCCUACCGUGAUUCCAAGUUAACUCGCCUGCUUCAAGAUUCUUUGGGUGGUAAUAGUCAAACCUUGAUGCUUGCAUGUGUAUCGCCUGCCGACUCGAAUUUCAUGGAGACGCUCAACACCUUAAAGUACGCCAAUCGUGCUCGCAAUAUCAAGAAUCGGGUUACCAUCAACCAGGACUUUGCAGGCAGCUCCAUCGAGAUUAAUCAGCUACGUGCAUGCAUUGCUCGACUACGUAUGGAGAUCGCUUCGUUACGUGCAGGUGGUGGUGGUGACAUGUCAUCUGAUACGGGUGAAAAUAAGGCAUUGCGAGCUGAAGUAGCACGUUUAAGAGAUCGCAUCCAAGACAUGAGCACCAACCUUAUCCAAGUCACCAGUGAAAGAGAUACGCUGAUGAUGGAACGUGAACUUGGUGAGUUUAUGGACAAUGACGACGACCCACAACGACCACAGCAACCAUCACCUGGCAACAAGGAGUUUUCAACACAUCCACUGAUUGCACAAUAUCAACGCACCAUUCAGGAUCUCAACAAUGAGCUGCAAGAUACACGUGAUCGCUUAACGUUCUUGGAAAACACACAACCUAUGGCCAUGGAAGCCAUGAUGAUGGCUAGCUCCUCUUUCCAAAAGGCAAAUGUCAGCAAUAACACCAUGCGUAUGACUUCAUCUUCUACUACACAACGUCGACGAAAGACGCGCCGUCGCCAUGGUGCACGUAUGACACCAAGUACCAGUAACACAACACGUGCAGCUCGCAUCACUUCCAAACAUUCGACGCGUCGUCAGCCUAUUCUUUCUCGUAGCUCAAGCGCACGCACACGACGCAUGCAACAACAGCAACAAAUGUAUGAUGAAUACGAGUACGAGUCAUCCCCUCAAUUAAAAGAAGAAAGUGAUGAGCAAAUUCGUCGUGAAGUCAAGGAAAGCAUUGCCAAAGCUCGUGCAGAAAUUCAAAAGGGUAUCCAAGUACUUGAUUUAGCCAAGCCCCUUGAAGAUGCUGCAAGAGAUUGGGAGGAAGAGCUUAGAGAAUUUGAGGAACAUGAACGAAUGCAGGAGUCCAAGGAUAUCCAACGCACAUCAUCCGAUGAAGGCAACUAUACACCAGCACGUUCACCAGUGGACCAAGAUUUGUUGAGCAAUGAUUUAUUGGAUGAAAUUGAGACUUUGGCUGUUCCAUCAUGGGACGAUCCUGAAACGGAGGGCAAGGAGGUGACAGCAUUGCAUGGUCAUGAUGAGAACAGCAGUUCGAGUAGCAAUUCAUCCCCAGCAACCACCACCACCGGCGGUUCAUCAGAUGAGAAGAACAAGCACGAUGCUCAAUUAGCACGUAUGCUCCACCAAAUCCAAUCGGAUAUUCGUGUCAAGGAAGAGCUCGUGGCACAUCUUGAAAAGUCUGAGACCGAAUAUGCAUUCAUGCGUCGCAAGUUUGAUGAUAAGAUCAGCCAUUUGCAACAACAAUUAUUGACGCUUCAACGUGAACGAGAUAAUGCAGUGGAACACACAAAGUCUCGAUUUUCAAGUCGAUCAGAGAUGACAAUGCAAGUCAAGGAGAAGCAACAAUUGAUUGAAAUUCGACAUGCUUAUGAAGCCAAGAUGAAGAACUUGUUAUCAGAGAUCCAAGAGCUCAAGCGCAAGUAUUCAAAGACCACCAUGACGAUGCAAUCAACACGCAACCAACAUGAAACACUGUUGCGAUCAUUACGUGUGAAUGUUGAGACGCUCAAGGUGGAAAAGAAGCGCAUGAUCAAGCGUAUGAAGCUCGAAGCUGAACGUGUGCGUGAGCAGUCGACAUUACAAGACCGCAAGAUUCAGCAAUUACAACGAUUGAAUGCCGAAGCCAACAUGGCUCGUAAACGUUUGGAGCGACAACAUGAGCAGCAAAAGAUGACUCUCAAGCAACGUGACAAGGAGGUGUUGAUGAAUAACCAACAACUGAAGCAGCUUAUCAGUGUACUCAAGAAGGCUGUACGUGAGGGUGGUGUAUUGGAUGAGCAUCUCCUUGGCAAGGUGUCGCAUAUUGUUGGUGGUAGCUUUGCCCUUGUUGCUCGUAGAGCAGGUGGUCGAUCGGCUGAUCGUCGUGCUAUUCGUCGCCGACUCAACAAGAUCCCUGUACAAGUGCGUGUGAAUCGUAAAAAGGAGUUAUUGGACAAUGCAUUGUAUCAGUACAUCCAAGGCAAGCAAGCUGUUGUCGAGAUGGAGCAAUUACUCUUCCGCCGUGAGCAAUUGGCAGCUGAAAAGUUGGAGCUUAUUGAUGAACGACGCCACAUUUACUUGGCUGAAAAGGAAAAUGAGGAAGCUACGGGGCAACCCAUGGAUAUGCUUGCACUCAAUUUCACUGAUGAGCGUAUCGAUUUAAUCUCUGCCGAGAUUUCUUAUCUUUCAGCACGCAUUCGAGCAUUGCAAUCAGAAGCAGCUGCUGGUGAUAUGGCGUUGCCAUCCACUGAAGAAAAUGAGACAGGCAACAUGGUCCUAUCCACGCUUCAACAACGACUUGAAAAGAAGGUGACAUUUGCUGAUGAUAUUGUUGCUGAUGCCGGACAACCUGGUGAUGGAUGGACCGAUAUGGAUGUUUUGGAUGAGCAAUUCAGCGUACCACAAUCCGCCGCACCCGAAACAGCUUACGAUGCAUUGAUGAAGAUUAUCAAGACCUUGGAAGCGGACGAAGCCAAAAAGGUGGCAGAGACACUUGUUGAUGAUGUGAUGGCUCUACGUAUGAGUGAGACCAAUCGACAAGUCACUAUGCAGAAUCUUGAAAAGACGGUGCAUGAUUUACGUCGCACAUUGAUUGUCAUGAAACGAGCGGCCAUCAGUACAACAGUGGAGAAUGAACGUCGCAUUCGCAAAUUGGAAGAUAAGAACCGGUCCAAUAGGCAUCGCACGGAUGAUGAGGAUAGCGCUAUCGAUGUCAAGAUUGAAGAAUACAUCAACAGUGGCAACACCAUCUUUGACAAGAUUUAUGAAGAUGGUAUUCGUGGCGUGAUACAAACACCUGAACCAGCUCUGGAUUAUGUUACCGAUUCACGACGUUCAUCGAUUGCAUCAUUUGGUGCAGGUAGCAGUGCGAAUGCCAGCAGCGAGGAUGCAGCAGCAGCAUUGAUUCCACCACCUUCACCUCUCAAUUCACCUACCUAUGUCACUGCUAAUGGUCGACCUCCAAGUGGCGUACGACCUCCUGCUUCUCUUACUGACAAGGGUAAUCGACGUGCAUCUCGAGAAGGAACACCAUCUCCUGAACGAUUCUUAAACAUGAUCCAGCGACGGUUCUCAUGGCAACAACGUCGUGGAUCUGAUUCACCAGUAUCUUAUGCACCACCUGAUUUUGCACGUUACAGUGCUGAACGAGAAACAUCCACUGCAUCUUUACGUGGUAACCACCUACGACGAUCAUCCAUGCAAUCGGAUCAUUCAGCCACUUCUUCAGUACAUCAACAAUUGCAAGGUGCUUUACGUAAACGAGCUUACUCGUUGCAGCAACAAUCGCCAUCUCCUGUACCCAGCCGUAGACGACCUUCCAUGCGUGAAUUAUCUUUGAUGGGUGCCACCAAUGCUGCUGCUGCUGCUGCUACUAAUGGACAUCACCUUCAUCAUCAAUACCAUGCUGAUCCUGAACAUUACGAUUACCAAGUCCCUACCGCUACCAUGUCCUAUCAACAACGCUAUCAGCAACAAUCACAUCAACAACCCCCUUCACCCCAGCGAUUGGGUCCUUCCAUCAUCACCCCAAGUGCAUCCACUGCCAUGGAACGGUCAUCCAGUGCAGGCAAUGUCUUUGAUCGAUUAUCACAAACACCCACGCGUGCAUCACGUGCAAAGAUGGCACAACAUCGAUACAGUAGUGGCAGCAUCGAAGAGCUUAGAAUGCAUUGGGAAUAUGAACGUACCCCAAGUGCUUUGAGUGGCACAUACAACUUGUAA